UUCAAUUAAUUGGCUCUCUUCUCUCCUCUCCUUUGCCUAUUUUUCCUAUCAUCUUCUCCCGCCACCCCCUCCGGCCGCCGUAUGAUUUCUUGGUGGCGGCGAUUACACAUCAAUUUAAGUUUUGUUAAUAUGGGUUGCGGUGGCUCGAGGCUUGGAGGUGUGGCGGCUGCAAGGGCCGAAGAAGGCGGCGUUGUGCCACUUCCCGCGGGGAUACGUCCCCUUCUAAGGCGAAGGUUAGAGGAGAUGAAGAAACGGAGCCAUGCAAGCGUCUUGAAAGGGAGCCAGACGCAGUCUAAGAAGGAGCUUCUUAGGCACGGCUCUUCCGAUGAUGGAGAAGACACGGAGGAGAACGACGGCAGCCUGAAGUCGUCCGCUAAGGUGGCUCCAGCGCCUGAUCAUCAUGUGGAAGAGAAGAAAGAGGUUAUUUUUGAGAAGGUUCCGUCUAGAGAUGAUGUUAAAGAGGUGAAGGAGGAAGAAGUGGUUGUGAAGAAACAAGAAGAUGAAAAUCAUCAUCAAGAUGAUGUGAAGGAACAAGAGGAGGAUACCACCAUCAAUGUUAAGAAGGAAGGAGAUGAUAACAAGAAUCAUGAUGAUGAUGAAGGGAGUAUUAUGAGCAACUUUGAUGAGAGAAUGAUAGGUCCUGGAUCUCCAAGCUUUAGGGUUUAUUGCAUCGAUGUUCCUUCUUCUGAUGACGAUGAAGAAAAAGAUGGAGAAGACACAAGAAAAUCGAUGGAAACCGAAAGUGUCAUGACAGAGCUAAAAGAGGUCGACGGAAGCAUCGUCAAAAAGGAGAAAAGGGAAAGGAGAGGGAAGAGGUUCGGAAUCGGAUUGCCGAGGAAGUAUCUAGCCAAUGUGACUGCGCCUUGCUAUGCUGGUGGAGGUUGCAUGGGGAACACUCAUCAUUCGCGUUUGGUGCAAGAGAAAUCGAGCCAGUGAUGAGAUGAUAUAUAUCGAUCAUAAUGAUGUGUGUUGCCAUCUUUGAAUGCUCGUAUUUGUUGAGGUGUACGUGUACGUACGUACGGGGGACGAUGAAAUAAUCAAAACCACCUCACCACCGCGGAUACGGUUUUAGACCCUUUGGUUUGUUUUAACUUUUAAAGAGACCUUGUUUCAGAAUUUGUACAACCUCUUCUUCUUCAUAUUUGCUUUCUUUGAUCAGGAUAAGUUAGUGUUUGACGAAUUUAAUUUUUCCGUGUGGAAAGAUGUAAGUAAUUAAAUUUGUGCAAUAAAAAAGUGUUGUUUAAUAUGAA